CCGUAGAAAGUCGAAUCCGUAGACGAAGUCAAGUAAAUCUACAACACUUAGGCGGCCCCUAACACGCUUGAGUAGCCCUUUAAUAGGACGUGGUAUGUAAUUUUCCUAGCAGGCCGUCUAUGAUGCCUCCAAUUGUUUCUCCCCGAGUGCUGUGAGACCAGCUGUUUAGCACUCGUCACGAUCGCAAAGUUGGCAGUGCCUUGACUAACGAAUUGCGCCUAGUCAAGUAAGACGUUACAUGUAGAAGUCAACGGGACGACACUACUCACCCUACCAUAUCAGACGGGUAGUCUAUCUAGCAUUGCCGUCGAGCGGACAGUCAUCUUCUCGCCCGCCCGCCUACGAAACCGACCCCCAAACUCUUCAACCCCGCGUCCAUCGAACCAUAACACACAUACUCAUACACACGAAAGUCAAAAAGGGAAGAAGAAAAAUAAUGUCAUACUUCCGCAUAACCCUCCACCGCUCGGCCAUCGGGCUGCCGAAAAGGACGAACGGCGUGCUGGCGGCGCUCGGGCUGCGCAAGCGCGACCAGACGGUCUUCCACCCGGUCUCGCCGCAGUCGGCGGGUAUGAUUCUGAAGGUCAAGGAGCUGGUCAAGGUCACGGAGGUGGACCGCGCGCUGACGCCGAAGGAGAUGCGGGAUGAGCGGCGCAGCGUGCCUGGGUACUGGAUCGAGAGGGCGGUGCCUAGGGUAGGUGAGAGGGUGAGUGGUUGAUGGUAUGGAUGGGAUGAAGGUGGGGUGGAGGGGUGGAGGGGCUUUGGCUUGCUGUCGAGACGAUGGGCCUGGUAUCGUGAUGGCAGAGGUUGUGAGAUGGACACAUGGUUGGGCGUGGCCUAGGGAUUGCAAGAUUUGCGAUCGGAGACCCGUCUAAUACCGCCAUCCAUCGACUUGUCUAGGAGAGCUCCUUGGCAUCCAGGCUGGCAUAUGAAGCCCCUUCCAAGUUCAUAUAAUGUGCAGUUGAUGCACAUUCAACAUUGUAAAAUAUCAGCCUGAGUCCAUAUCUCUUGCCUGCCCAGCAACAAGCUGUUUGGCGUAGAUACUGGGUACUCUCCGGUUGAAAUCAACAUGAAUAAAUCAAAGUACUACAUUCAAACAAGCACUUCCGAGAUCGUUUACGAAGAGUUUAUGGUAUGCCUCCGAUACUAGUUCCCUAAAGGUUCGUAGGGACUUGGCUUACUGAAUGCUACCUUUACCUCGCCGGACGGCCUUAGUAGAUUAGUCAUUAUUGCAAACUACUAGUGCUAAAUCUAAGGAAAUGGGGUACUGAGUUGCUUUAUUCACGACUACCUUUGAUGAGGUAGGUAGGUAAACCUGAUACACACCUAUACUCGCAAUUCAAUAGAACACAUGAUGCUACUAGCUAGAUUUUCUUUCUUAUUUACUUUACGUUUUGAUGAGUCGCUAGAUAUAGUUAUCCAUGUUUAAAAAUUAGCCA